AUGGAUCAUUCUUUGUCUCAACACGCUCCUUUGCAGUGGGGAUACUCGGGCAACACCAGCGCGUCUUCGUCUUGGCAGCCCGUUUCUAGGGGCUCCAAGAGGCCUCUGUCCGAAAGUGAUUGUGAUGAUGUGUAUUCCGAGGAGUCUUCCAAGGAACAGUGCACUAGCCCUGGGGAUGCCGACAGUUGCCAAAUGUUAUCCAGAAAGAAACGACGAGGAGUUAUAGAAAAGAAACGAAGGGAUAGAAUCAACAUGUCUCUGAGCGAAUUGAAGAGGCUGGUUCCCAGUGCGUUCGAGAAACAGGGAUCAGCGAAGCUGGAAAAGGCCGAGAUUUUACAAAUGACCGUGGACCAUCUCAAAAUGCUGCACGCCAAAGGUUUGGAUUCCUUCGCAUACGACCCCCACAAGUACGCGAUGGACUACCACGGCAUGGGUUUCAGGGAAUGCGUGGCCGAAGUCGCGCGGUACCUCGAACGCAUCGAAGGCCUGGACGUCCAGAAUCCCCUGAGAUUGCGAUUAACGUCGCAUUUGCAGUGCUGCGCGGCCCAACGAGAGCUCGCUUCGAAGCAAGCGACGGCCGGACCGUGGACUUACCCCGGCUCUCAACCGCCUUACACGCCGCUGCCGCCGUCGCCGGCCUCCAACCACGGCCACCUUCCGAACCUGAACCACCACCAGACGCCGCCGCCGCCGCCGCCGCCGCCGCAGAAUUUGCACGAGCUAAGCCACUACGACGUGUCUACCUCGUGCGCCCAGACCACGGUGCCUGUGGCGACGACUGACAACAGCCGGUUGCCGCCUUCGUCGUCGAUUCUGACGCCUUUGACGGCGACCACGCCGUCGGUGUUGAGUUAUAGUUCGCACCAGUACCCCGGCAAUGCGUUCAGCAUUCCUUCGGCUCACCAUCACCAGAAUUACGGGCAGAACGUGCCCACGUCGCAGGGCAUGAAGCCGUACAGACCGUGGGGGGCUGAAGUGGCGUAUUGAUAAGAGAAACUAGUCAUUAUUUUUAAGUGGACAGUGUGCAGAAGAUUGCUGAACAGCGAAUGUUUCUUAACACUGGUAUUAAUUGUACAUUAUUUACGUAUUUAUCACAGAUUUUUUUUUUAAUUUAGUCAUUUUGUUUGUACCUUAUUUAAAUUUUUAUUUAUUUUAGUUGUAAGUAAGAUACUAUAGUUCAGCCGUUUGUAGAUUUCACAGAGUUCGUC